AUGAACGUUCUGUUAUUAUUUUUUGCUUUAAUAAUCUUUAAAUGCAGUGCAGAUGAUGAGUUAGAGUGUUUUAAAAUAUUAUUAGAACAACCAUUGAACCAACAAAGUAAUGAUGCACAUUCAGGGAAGUGUUUGAAAGUGAUAAGAAAGCAUUCGAAAGAAUUUAAAAGCAAUGUGGCGACUCGUCUUUCACUUGACUCGUCAAAGACAUGUGUGUUAAAUGUUCUUGAAGAACAUGACAUUGUUCAAAUUUAUUUAAAAGGACUUGCACAACAUCGCUGUCACCCAACUUUAGAACAAUCCAGUUAUGAAGAAGACGUUGAUGAAUCAAUUGAUGCAUUAUUGAAAGCUGCAAAAGGAGUCUGCACAGCCAAUGAUACACACACUCAAGCAUUCAACCACUAUCUGAGUCAUCGAGAAAAACCAUCUGAGGCUGAUCAUGAUGAGCUUUGCGCGAUUAAAUUUUUUGUUGAUGAUAAAAUAAUCGACGCAGCAGCAUACAACAUUGACGAAUCAACACUUAAUAUUGAAGGCUGUCAAUCGUUUAUUGAAGAUCUUAAGAAAUCUUUUAAAUUAGAAGGAGAUGACCAUCCCGAAUCCAACACAUUCUUUGGAUUGUCUGCUGUGAACGCACAGAAAUGCGUAACGUCAAAGUUCAAAGAAGAAAAAGUUUUCGAGAAACUAUUCGCCUUCUCAUAUAUAAUUAAUUUUGAAUUAACACAAUCGCAAAUCGAAAAUCUUCGUUAUGAUUAUAUAAAGUGGAUGACAUCGUCUGUAAGGUUUCUCUUUGAAUGUAUGAAGGAAAUUUAA